GGCAACAGCAAAAGAAAGGGAGCAAGGCUUUGCUUGUGGGAGGUAGAGAGUGGAAGUUGGGGCAGCUUGAUGGAGUCUGGGGUCAGAGUAGCCAACUGGUGGAGGUGGGUUGUCAUGGGUUAUAUUGUGCUCUCUCGACAGCUCUCUUGGCUGAUGACCUGACCAGUUGACAUCAGUGCAGAACACCUCAUUGGUUUCAGUACUGUUUGUGGAACUUGCUUUGUGCACAUACUCUGCUGCCUUUCUUAUGUUAGAGAAGUGGCCACAUUGAGGAACUACCCCAUUAACUGCAAAGUCUGCAAUCCAUUGCCUUUCCAUACUGCCUUUAUUAAAAUUAAAAUCAAGCAUGGCCCUAACUCUCAUGUAACUAUGAUAAAUUGAGUGCACUUAAAUGUUAAAUUCAGGUGCUCCUUUAAAAUGCCAGUAAGGUGUAAGGAUGACUAAAAUUUACACAAAGCAUGCCAAACGUUGGUAGUAUACUUUUAAAUUGCUGCUAAAGCUGAGGUAGCCUAACUUUGCCAGCUAACUUUAAAACAUCAAGUUUGGGAACAUUGUGUAGCGGCUGCUACUGCGAUGCGAAAGUAAGACACUGGUUGAUGAGUUGCAGAACAAAACUGAUUUAUUUUCCCGCCUUCCGCGGGCCUUUUAAGAGGAAUGGUUCCUGCUACGUCAUCAAACUUUUCUCGCGCGCGGGUUCUCCCCGUCGCUCGGGGAAGAUGAAGGCCCAGCGCCACCUUGGGCCUCGCCGCUCCGACGACGCGCGACCCGACCGCCGAGCCGGUUCGCUUGCUCGGACGAUGAGUCGCUACAAUUGCACUAUUACUCCCAAUCACAUGAGCCUCAAUUUUUUGAGUACUUUUUGAAAACUCCAGUUAUACUACAGGUGCUGGUUCCCAGUUAGUUGAAUCCUCAGGAUACUUCAAAAUUUGCCAAGCAUAAUUUUUUUUCUAUAAAUCCUUUAUUCUCUAACCCUAAAGGUUAACCACCAGGUUGGAUUGGCGGUAAAGAAAGCAAAUGCUAUGUUGGCAUUCAUUUCGAGAAGUAUAGUGUAUAAAAGUAGGGAAGUGUUGAUGAGGCUCUAUGGAGCACUGGUGAGGCCUCAUUUGGAAUACUGUGUGCAGUUUUGGGCCCCAUAUCUUAGGAAGGAUGUACUGAUGUUGGAGAGGGUUCAGAAGAGAUUUACGAGGAUGAUUCCUGGAAUGAAAGGGCUUACAUAUGAUGAGUGUUUGUCGGCUCUUGAACUGUACUCACUGGAGUACAGAAGAAUGAGAGGGGACCUCAGAAGCAUUUAGAAUGUUGAAAGGACUGGACAGAGUAGAUGUGGUUAAGCUGUUUUCCUUGGUGGUGAGUCCAGGACUAGAGGACACAAUUUUUGAAUUAGAGGGUACUGGUUUAAAACAGAAAUGAGAAAUUUCUUUAGCCAGAGGGUAGUGAAAUUAUGGAAUUCUUUGCCAUGUACAGCUGUGGAGGCCCAACCAUUGGGGGCGUUUAAGGAGGAGAUAGAUAAGUAUCUAAUUAGUCAAGGUAUCUAGGGAUAUGGGAAUAAGGCCAGAAAUUGGGGCUAGAUAGGAAUAGUGUUAGUUUAGCUCAGGGAGCAGACUUGAUGGGCUGAAUGGCCUACUUCUGCUCCUUUGUCUUGUGAUCUUAAAUUAAUUUGUGUUUCUUCUUGUGACCUGCUACUUUAUCCCUAAUAUGUUCUAGUAUUUUCCCCACUAUUAACUGAACAGAGUGGGUUGUACUUCUGUUUUCUUUCUUCCUCCUUGAGUAGUGGGGCUGUGGUUGCUACUUUGUAAUACAUGGAGACUAUUCAGAAAUGUGGUCAAAGUGGUGGCAUAGCCGUUAAAUUUAACCCAAAGGCCAACAAUCCAGUGAGACAGUUCAAAUCUCUUGGGUGUGUAGAAUUUAAAUAGGUAUAAUAAUUGAGAAUUUUAAAAAGUAAUUUUGGUAAUAACAGCCACAAAACCACCACUGGCCUCCGCGUGACUCAACCUGAAGCAAUGUGCUUGACUCUUAACUGGCACAUUUGGAAGGUGGCUUAUCACCACCACUUCAAGGGCAGUUAGGGAUGGGCAAUAAACACCGGCCGCCUUAUUGAUGCCCUGCACCAAAAGUAUAAGUAAAAAGAAAGGGUGUUACGGAAAAUCAGAAACGUUGCAUCCGUCAGUUUUUAAUAAAUGAAAUGCAGAAGCCAGAUAACACAGAAAACUCCCUUAAAAAGCAAUGAGUAAAUCAGUCCUUUUAAUAUUCUUCAUUGAGGAUUAAAUGUUGAUCAUGAAAUCAGGAAGAGCUCCCCACUUGUUCUGUGGGCUCUUUUAUAUCCAGCUGACUGACAUCUUGGCAUCUCAUUCAAAAGCCAGCUCCUAACAGUGCCUCACCUCCUCAGUAUUGUACUGGAUCGCCACCCAAGGUUUUGCACUCAAGAUUCUGGAAUGAGGCUUUUGAAUCACAAUCUUCAGACUAUGAGGAGAUUGAGUUGUCACCAUGGCAGCUGCGCUAAAUGACAGCCAUCGACGAUUCCUGCAGACGAUGAUGUCUCAGGGAAUCCUGGAAGGCUCCGCGACACGGAAGUUGCACAGGCAUUGCUGUGAAUUGCACAAAGUGCAUUACAGACAUGACCAGUUGGACGAGUUUAUCAAAAAUAUCAACACUCAUCUGCAGCCUCUGUUCAUGGAGAUCAGGAAAGGGAUGAGUGAGGAUAAUGGACAGCAGUAUUACGCUCUGAUUAACCUCGCUGAGACGGAGAUCACUAGGAUGGCUUUCGAUUACACAGAAACUGAACUGGAAUUGUUCAAGAAAACGAUGGAUGUGGUUCUGGAGUCCGAGAGUGGCAUUGUCUCUUCUACAGACAUUCUGAAUCUGGCUGAUCAACUGCAGCCCAAGAAACUGAAGAAGAAGGAGGUGGAGCAGGUGCUGCAGAGAUUUGUGCAGGACAAGUGGCUCUCUGAGAACGACGGCGAGUACAUUCUCAGCACUCGUUGCAUUAUGGAGCUAGAACAGUACAUUCGCAACAUGUACCAGGAUCUAGUGAAGGAAUGCAACAUCUGCCAUAACAUCACUAUCCAGGGUCAAACGUGCGAGAUGUGUGGAGCCAAGAUCCAUCUCCCUUGUGCUGCAAAGUAUUUCCAAGGUCGGGAUGACCCUUGCUGUCCAAACUGCAGGCAGUUCUGGCCUCACGAGAUCCCAGAUGUCCACAGGACAGAGCCAUCAAUGCCCCCUCCCUCCUCCGCGCCGAAGAUGCGACACCGAUAUCGGGAAUGAGGCAUCAAGCAAGAUAUGGCAGCCACUUGAAUGGAAGGAGGAGGUUGUUAAGUUGGCAUACUGAGAAAUCUGAGGUUAUUCACUUUGAUGGUGUAGCAGCCAGAGAAGUAUCCCAACAGGCUCUGGGAGGACACUCUGCUAACUAGAGAGGGAAGAAUUUGUUCUGAGCCAAAGGAUUUUCCUGCAUUAAAGUGUUUGCUUCCACUGUGUUGGUCUCAUAGAGCUGACACAUUGACAUUCUGAACCUUGCAUUUUAACUGUAUUGCUGUAUAUUACAGUGCAGGGCAUGGUGGCUCCACUGUUGCCAAUUUGCUCUAUGUUUGGAUGCCCUGAGUCUUCAAACAGGGAGUUGGACACCUUUGCAUUCUCUAUAUGAACCUAUCCUGGAGAGGACAAGUGCUGGGAAUUAGUUUGAAAUCUCGUUCCCAUCAUCAAUAGACUCAAAAUGUGAAGCAUGUUAAGGAGUUACUUAAUAAAAUAAAUUUAGUUUC